UAUUGAACGCGAGCGGCCGCGUAUGUGUGUGUUUGUGUGUGCUUGUGGAAGCAGCAGUCGCAGUGGCAGUGGCAAGCACCACAACCGUGGUGGCACAUAGCCGAGUUGUUGUUGUUGCGGUUGUGUACUGGAGCUUCGGCGCAUGCCGUCGCAGUGUGGUGACUUUGAGACUUUUUUGGGCUUUAUUUUUUCGGUUCUUUUUAUUAACAAGAAAUUCAUAUACAAAAACACACCCGCACUCACAAAUACACUCAUUCAUUGGGUCGCGAGCGCACGUAUGUACGUUAAUUUGUUGGUGUAUGCGCGAAUGCAGUCGAGUUUGGUUAGAUACAUCCAACUAUCUGCUCGUACUUAUGCUUCGGUGCUGAAAUAAAUAUUGGGUAUUCUUCGCGCAGAGGAGUCUCACGUCAUUCUUUCAUAUUUCUACGCCUGACAUACUUACACACAAACGGAGAGAUAUACAGAUGUACAAAUAUACAUAUAAACAUAUAUACAUCCGUAUGUGCCUGUGUACAAACAAACAAAUAAAUAUGCCGAACGAGCAAUAACGACAAACGACAACGGCGACGACAAAACGAUUCGCCCGCCUGAGUCCAAUAUUUCGAAUGUAGUGAUUCAGUACGCUGUGUGGCUGUGCGAAAAAACUAUCAAAACAUUCCGCCUUCGUUGGUGUUCAUUGCACAAAUAAAAAACGAACGCUUAAGCAUAACGGAAAAAGUAGUCCUGUUAACUGAAUUGCAGUAGUAUACAGUAUUUUUAAAGAAAUUUAAAAAAUUACGAAAAAAAAGUUUGUAUAAUAAUUUCGAAAAUAAUUUUUGAAAAAAUAUUUUCUUGUAUUAAAGUGCAGUUGAAGUACAACAAUUGAUUUUGUUUGUUUGAAACGUGUGUUGGUCAGUGCAAAAGCGUUGAAUUCAAUCUUUUCGGCAGCUGCUUGUGUUUAAUCACACACACAUCCAUACAAACGCGCCGCUAGUGUAUACAUAGUUAUCUGCCAUAAUCAGCAGAUUCCGCAAAUUGUCAUUGGGACAAAUUAUCGAAAAUUUCUCUUUCACUUCGGGAAAGCCAGCCUGCUAGUCAACGAGUAAGCCAAACAGCCAGCCAGCCAUGACAUCAGUGCGCAACAAUGCAGUCGCCGCUCUGCUGCUGGGAUGGGUUAUUUUUGGGUGCCUCAAUAAUUCGGUCCUGGCAGAUGUCGCGCAGAAAUCUGGUGAAAAGUCCACAGACAGCACAGAUCCAGAUUACUUUUACGACGAAUCAAGCCCCGAAAAUAUAAAGGCGGCAUCCAAACCGCCUCAACCAACAAUAACUCCAUAUUUUGAUGAGCCAAAGAAAACUGUUUAUGCCAAAAACAACGCCACUGUAACUUUAACUUGUCCAGUAAAGGAUUAUGAUGAAUCGCAACACCUAAUUGUUUGGUUUAAGAACAACAACACCCUCACCACUGGACGGGAAAUCGUCGCCGACGCAUCGCUCUAUCAUCUGGACAAGGGCAUGAAUUUGGUAGUGGAUCAAGUGUCGGAGAAGACCAAAGGUGAUUACUCGUGCACCGUUAUGCCGCAUAAAGUCAAAAUGGAUAUACAUUUGGUAAUCGGCGAGGAGCCUGUGGCCGAUAAUAAACAGAUAAUGGUGAGCGCAAGCGCUCUACUCCUGCUCUCAACGUUGGUGGCGCGAGAAUUGAGCUUUGGUAUUUUACGUUUAGAUACAUUUUUUUAGGCACACAGUUUAUAAGCAGCUUCUUACAUAAAAUAUAUUUAGAGAAUGUAAGAAAUGAAAACAAAAUGCAAACAAAAAAAGAAAAUGAUAUUAUUGUAAUUGUACCAUAGCUAAGAAUAAUUGUUUUUGUUUUGUUUUUUUGUCUGAAUCCACUAAAUACCACUACUUGCAUAUAAAACUUUAUAGCAGAAGAUUUAAACCGCAAGCAGUUAGUACAUAAAUAGAGUACUCGUAUAUUGAACCAAAUAGACAGGCAAUUAUAUAAUGUAGUGCAUUUGAUAGUAUAGAACACAGUAUAAUAAAGAUGAACAAAAUAGUACUUUAAACAAAAAUGUGUAUGUAGGUAUGUAUGUGAGGUGAAUUGGCUUAGAAGAGCUUUAAAUCGGUUGAAAAAUUAAAAAUUUGUUGCAAAGCAAUCAUAUAUAGCAUAUUUCAAGUUUAAAUGGAACAUGAAUAAAUUUUCAUCGAAACGACGUAUGCAGGUUUUUAUGUUAGUUGUAAAAAAAUAUAAUUUUUUUGUGAAAAAAAUCUUUUUGUAGCAUAUUGAAAAGUCCAAUUUUUGUUUUCUUCGAAAAGGCGAACUCAUAUGUCUGCGAGUAUGCUUAUUUAUUUUAAUGAUUAAGAAUAUGUUUUUCUUAAUAAAAAAGCGAAUCUCAUUUAAUAUUGGUUUCAUCUAACUUUGGUUUUAAUCGAAAGGUCGAACACACAUUUCUUCGAAUAUGCAUAUUUUUGUAAUGAUUAGCAAACAAAAGCCUUUUUUUCUAAUAUAUAUAUAUAAUAUAUCUUAAAAUAUUUUUAUGAAAAAAUCUCAUUUCGUACUGGAAACGUUAAAUUUUCGUUCUCUUCGAAAGAAUGAACCAAUAUUUCUGCGAAUAUGCAUAUUUUUAUAUUGAUUAUAAAUAAAAAACUUUUUUUUUAUGAAAAUGAAAAUCUCGUGUAGCAUUGAAAAUGUCUAAUUUUGGUUUUCAUCGAAAAGAUAAACUCAUAUUUCUUCGAGUAUGUUUCUUCUGAAACAGUAAAUUUGAAUUUAUUUGCAUUAAAACUUUUUUUUUAACGUAUUUCAACCAAACGACGAGUAUACUGUUUUCUACUACAUUUUCUAAUAAAUUUCAAACAAAUUUUGGAACGUUUAUUUUCAGAAGAGAAAAAUUUUAAAACAUAACAAAAUAAAAUGAAAAAUGUGUAAAACAAAACAAAAUAAUAUUAAUAAUAGUAUAUAAUAUAAUAUUUAAUAGCGGUUAUACUUUGCUGUAAAUUUUAUUAGGCUGCAGGUAUCCAAUUUUAUAAUUGACGCUAUUAAUAUGCAGUAGCUUCCAAAUAAAGACAUUAUUUUAUAUAAAUGAGUAAGAAAAUUGUGUACGUCGAUUCGAUGAAAAUUCAUUUUUUCACUUUAGGUGCGUACCUUUGAAUGCGCGGAGUAACUAAAGACGAUUUGCAAGAGUUUAGUUAAAUGUCACCUAUUUAUUAUUAGUUAUAGAGUACAUAUACAUAUAAGUGUGAUAAAUUAUUUUUCUGGUGUAACUAGUAAUUUUUUCGAAAUAAAAAAAUUUUAAUGCAGCAAAAUUAUGCGAAAUUUAAUGUCGUAGUUUUAUAUUUUUCAAAAAAUUCCAAUUCAACUAGAAAGUUUGCAAGUGAAAUGAUAAUGAAACAAUGAUGAAACAAUAAAAAGAUUACUCAAUUGCAGUUGUUAAACGUUGAGUUAAAUAUUUUUUGAAUAUAAAUUAUAUUAUACAUAUAUAUGUAUAUAAAAAAUGCUUAAAAUGCCAAAUAGAACACUUACAAGUUCAAAAUGUAAUUUUUUUGAGCGAUAAAUUAUAAAAUCAUACUAUUUAAUAUAUACAUAUUUUUGUCACGUCAUGCUUGAAAAGUCUUCCGUUCGCAAAUGAAACCAACAAUUUUUUCUGUUAUUAAGUGUGCCAAGAAAUGGGUAACAUUUAACCCCGCUUGAUACAUUCAAUCAUUGCAUAAGUUCAACGGUUGGAUGAACUAUUUGUACGUUAACGUAAGUUCAUCCAUUGGAGGAAAUUCAAUAUUUUCGGAUUAAAAUGCCAGUUUUGUAUGCGAAGUUAAGCAUCUGCUAUUCUGUCUUGCUACUUGUAUAAGCAUGUCAAUUCAUUUCAAUCUAUUUCAAUCCACAAGUAUGCAUUCUUUCGAUGAAUAUUUUUUUAUUUUAUGCAAAUGGCCUCCAAAGUAACAAUUUCAUCGUAAUACCACAAAAGUCAUAUAAUAUCAUAUCUCUCUGUCUUGUAAUCUCUUAAGAAACAAUUAGGAUGGCAAUGAACAAAGCAUAAAUAAAGAUCUUCUUCGCCGCUGGGACUUUUAUGUCGACUUUUCAGGACAUUUAGGUAUCAUCAUAUCGAUUUAAUGAAGUAUUUUUAUAAGAACCUUUCCCAAAUCAGACAAGAUCUCGAUUUAUAGCACAUUUAUUUCUACCCUCAUAAUUUCACAAAAUAUUUCACACGCACUUUAAAAUAAGUUUCAAUCUCAGGCAAUCUUCACGAAUCACGACUCUGAUUUGUACUAAGUACGUCAAUUAUCUACAUUUAUAUUGUAUAUAUACGCGUGUGUGUACGUUUGCUGUUUCAUGAAGAUGCCUGAUACCACAAUGUGAUUGUGAUGUGUGUGGAUUGUAUUUUUCCAUUCAAUAAAUAUUCAAAUAUUGAGCUUAACUGUUUAUUUCUUAAAAGUAAAAAGCUUAAUGUGAAGUGUAAGCUCAAAAUUUAUUUUAGGCACUGUAUGUGUUAUGAACCUCCAGUUUCGAAACAAAGAAUCGAUUUUCUUCAAAAAUUAGCUGUGUACGUCCAUUCUUUAUAUACUUUUAUGCGACGAAACUAUGCUGAAUUUAAUUGCUUGCUUCAGCUGUAAAUUUUAGAAAAUAAAUUUUUUAGCCACUAGUUGUGUAUUGGAUGAAACUGAAUUUUAUAAUAUUUCCAUCUGCAAAUCGUCUUUUCUUACUCUAAACUCACACACAUAUAACGCAUAUUUAAUUAUAAUAUGUAUAUUGACUUCAAAAAAACAUUGUUCAAUGCAAAAAUACUCGUACUAACGGAAAAAUAUUAGUACUCGAGUGAACCAUAAGUACAUAAAGUAGUUUUUGUUCUAAACUUUAGCUGUUGAUUUAGUACUUUAUAAUUACAUACAUGUUUGGAUAUAUAUACACACACACAUAUAUUUAUUUACAUACAAAUAUAUAUACAUACAUAUAUACUAUGUGCUCGUUGUAAGGACUUUGUACUGUCGAAAGGAGCUUGAAAACCUAAACAGCAGUUAUAAUAGAAAUACUUAAGAAAAUCCAAAUGAAAAUGUAAGCAAAGCUAAAAAAAUGCUGAGAGGCAAGCAUUAGUUGAAGCAACUGUAAGAUAUACAUAUGUAAGUAGAAGAGGAAGCAGUGAAACCGAAAAGUGCCAUUAUUUUACACAGAGGUAGCGAGACGGAGGAAGUAGUAUGAAUAUAGUAAAUAGUUUAAAUAAAAUUUUAGCAAACGCUUUUAAAGAGAAAAUCAAGAAUUUUUCAGUAAAAGAAGAGAAGUGAAAAAUUAUUUGCAAAAAAUAGCAAUUAAAAAUUAAUUUUAGCGAACCCUUUUACAAAAAAAAGAAAGUAUUUUUCAGAGAAAAAAAUUUACAUGACAAAUUAUUAGCAAAAAAGAACAGUUAAAAAUUUAUUUUAGCUCACGUUUUCAAACAAAAAAUCAAGUUUCAGAAGAAAAAGAAUGAAAACUUAAGAGAAAAAUUAUUUGCAAAAAUAACAGUUAUAAUAAUUUUGUUGAUUUUGUUAACAAAAAUUUUAAUUUAUAUUAGAAAACUAUUUUUAGAAAAUAUUAAUACAAACACACAUAAGUAACGAUAAUAACUUAUAUGUAUAUGCAUUAAACUCUAUUAUAACUGCUUGUUUACGCUGUCAUGAGUACAAAUUUUUAUUUAGGAUAUUGAAAGUGCCGUCAGUAGGUGGAUUGUAUUGAAAUAUUGUAUUGUACUGUAUUGUAUUGUAGUUGUAGCUAUGCUUGUUAAUAGCUGAAAGAUAUUAUUAUUCUUAUUAUGAAACUUAUAAUUAAAAUAGUCGAAACAAAAACAAAAACAACAAAAUAAAACAGUUGAAUAAUGAAAUGUAACGUGAAUUGUGGCAGCUUCUCUACAAGCAGCGCAGCAAGCAGCAACACUAAAAAAAUGCCUUUUCAAAAUCAAAACUGAAUUAUGAAUCUAAUGAAGCUGUGUAAAAGCGAAAAAUUAAAAAAAUGUGUGUACUUAAAAGUUAAGGCAAACCCAAAGCAAGUAGCAUUGAAGGUGGCUAGUAGGCCUUUGCACGCAUUGCAGUUUUAAAAUGUAUGGCAAGUUUUCCAAAAAUGCGAAAAAAUAAAAACGUAUGUACUUAUUUUUCGAAGUGGCAAAAA